GUUACUGCAGAAAUGGCAUGAGAAGUGCAGUUGUCAAGUUCAAAUUGGAUUAAAAUACAAGUUAGGUAGUGCAGCAGGAGUAUUUUGUUUUCAAUCCUGCAUAUUUUUAAAGGAGGUAACACUAUGAGCAAUCUAGAGGAGUUUGACCCUAAAGAGCACCAGCACCUGCGGUACAACCCCCUGAGGGACAGCUGGGUGCUAGUGUCAGCCCACCGCAUGAAGAGGCCCUGGGCUGGUCAGGUGGAGAAGCCCCCCGAGGAGCACAUCCCCAGAUACGACCCCCACAACCCCCUGUGCCCUGGCAACACACGCGCAAACGGAGAGGUGAAUCCAGACUAUGACAGCACUUUUGUUUUUCCAAAUGAUUUUCCAGCUCUUCAGCCUGAUGCGCCAAGUCCUGGAACUGAUCAACAUCCUCUGUUCCAGUCUCGAUCUGCUCGGGGUGUGUGCAAGGUCAUGUGUUUCCAUCCGUGGUCCGACGUCACUCUCCCACUCAUGAAAAAGGAAGAGGUCGUCAAGGUGAUCGAUAAGUGGGCAGAUCUAGUACGAGAACUGGGAGCCACCUACCCUUGGGUCCAGAUCUUCGAGAACAAGGGUGCCAUGAUGGGCUGCUCCAACCCACAUCCUCACUGUCAGGUUUGGGCCAGUAACUUCCUGCCCAAUGAGCCGGCUGUGUCUGACCGCUGCCAGAGGGAGUACUAUCAAAAGCAUGGAGAGCCUCUGCUGCUACACUAUGCCACACAGGAGGCUCAGAGGAAGGAUCGUGUGGUGGUGGAGAGCUCUGAUUGGCUGGCAGUGGUCCCAUACUGGGCGACAUGGCCAUACCAAACACUGCUGUUACCACGACGACAUGUCCUGAGGUUGACUGAUCUGACUGCGGAGGAGAGAAAGGAUUUGGCUGACAUCAUGAAGCGACUCCUGACUAAAUAUGACAAUCUGUUUGAGGUCUCUUUCCCAUACUCUAUGGGCUGGCACGGAGCUCCGACCGGCCCCCACCUGACAGAAGACUGCUCUCACUGGCAGCUCCACGCGCACUACUACCCUCCGCUACUGCGCUCGGCUACUGUCAAGAAGUUCAUGGUUGGAUACGAGAUGUUAGCCCUGGAGCAGAGAGACCUCACACCAGAGCAGGCUGCAGAAAAACUGAGGAAUCUACCAGACGUGCACUACAAAACUAGACAACAUCCUGAAGAGAAAGCAAAAUGAAAUGUUUAAUCAUGAAAUAGAGAAAAAAUAUCAUCUGAUCGAUUCUACUUUUAAACUCAAGUAUACUGAUUACAUCUCUGUCCUCUUCUGGUAACUUCCCAUAUGGAUUGAUUGUUAGAUGUUGGGAAGCUCUCAUACAGUAUUGGCCUCUUCUAAGCAGAACAAUGAGAUAUCUGUGAUGUAAAUGAGUGUCUUUGUUCACUCUAUGGAAAAUUAAAGUCCACUUAGUCAAAUGUACAAGUGCUUUCUGAUGCCAAGUUGCCUUAAAAUCAUUCAAGAGCAGCCUCAGUCCAUUCUGUUUAUUUUAAAGCUGCUCUGUGCAACUUUUCUUGGUCUGCUCGGUUUGAAUUGUUCCACGUCAUAGCAUUAAACGUAUCUCUUUUGCAUUUAUUCAAUUACAGGUGUUAUAACUGUUAAAGAAAUACAUUGAAAGACAUGCAUUCUUACUGUGAGGGGGUCGCCUCUCCACAGAUAUGACCUCUAACGUGGCCUGGUUGUGUCACCUGCUUGUCUCCAUAAGUUUAAUGCCAUAUUGUGGAACAUUGGCACUGUGGCAAAACUAUUGAAACUUUGCAGCUGAUGUUAUCAACAUUCCCUGGGGGUGUGAAGCUAACUGAAAGCACUACUCUGUUAGAAGCUCUGUUACUCACUUUACACUUAAUCUGAGUUUUAUUUUAAUACAAUCAUAUAAUGCAUACAUAUUUCGACACAGUGAGCUUUCAAUUCGAUAUGAUAUAUUUCAAAGCAAUUCGAUACGGUACAAUAAAAAUAAAGGCUAAAACAUGGUUGUGAUAUUAAAAGUCUUUGUUAAACCACUUCUUCUGCAAUGUCUAAACAAGCAAUAAAACUGUUAGCCAGGCUGGCGCCACCUAUU